AUGAAGGGUCUAUCGGAGCAUGGUGUGGCUUCUAGCAAUGUUGUAGUGGUGUUGGAUCUAGGGCUUCUGUUGAGCGUCAUUGGAUCUAGGGCUUUUGUUAUGACCCUUGUAGUGGAGAAGAUGAGUUGUGGGAAUCAUCUCAUUGGUGGUGUGGUGGUCAUUGGAGGUGGUGUGAGGCAAUACACCGUCGGACUGCUCGUCGAGUGGCUUGGUUUCGCUGGGUUACUUGUUAAUCGCCGAAGAUCAAUGAAGGGUCUAUCGGAGCAUGGUGUGGCUUCUAGCAAUGUUGUAGUGGUGUUGGAUCUAGGGCUUCUGUUGAGCGUCAUUGGAUCUAGGGCUUUUGUUAUGACCCUUGUAGUGGAGAAGAUGAGUUGUGGUGGUGGAGGUGGUGCUUUAGUAGCAGCUGCUUAUCCUGAUGGUGAAGAUGGUGUCGAUUUGAUUUUGGUGGUGGCAAUUGUGGUGGUGAAUAAGGGAUACCUUCCAAUGCAAAUUGUGGUUGCAGAUUAUGUGUAG